AGUCCCCCACUCCUAAAAGCCAAAAUUCUCUUCCCUUCCUCUUAUAAACUUACCCAAAAUACGAUUUCGUCGGCAAAAUUUUCAUACCCAGAGAGCAAAAAGAAGAGAAAAAAUGUCAAACAAGUCCCCCAUCUUCCCCAUGACCGGGCCUCAACACUUCAGUGACUAUGGCUUUGACCCCCAAAUUGACUAUUUUCAGGUUUUGGAAGAAGCAAGGAAGUACAAGAAAGAAUCGUCAUCAUCGAGAUCCAUUGAUUCCCUUCACUUCAAGCUCCAGAAACCGUUAUCGAAAGACGAACAGUUUUACCGGAAAACCAACAAUCUCAAAGCCAAGAACAAGAAGAAGCGUUGGUGGUGGAAAAAUGCUCUCUUUUUCUUCAAGUGGAAGAAAUGGGGUAGUGGCGGUGGUCUAGAUCUCGAGCUCGAGCCCGACGUUCAUCUAGCCAGGGCUCGAGCUUUCCGAGCUUCGAUGUCGGGACCGGUUUACAUAACCGAUAGCCGAUGCUGUUCGGGCUCAACCACUCCAUGUAGAAUCACUAGCCGCCCAUCUUCAGGUCCAUUGGAGAUUCCAUAUUUGAGUCUUAGGGAACUUAACAUGGAGCAACAGCAAAGGGUUUCCACUUCUGCUGCAAUGCCUAUAUAUAUGGUCUCUUGAGGAAUCCAUCUUGUUUUUAAGGUCCAUUUUAAUGGAG